UUUUCGGUUCGAAGAGUAUUCAUUCAAUCGCAUCAUGCUGAAGUUCCUGAUCCUGUUGUCGGCUGUAGCCUGCGCCCUGGGAGGCACCAUCCCUGAGGGUCUCCUGCCCCAGUUGGAUGGCCGCAUUGUCGGCGGUACUGCUACCACCAUCAGCAGCUUCCCCUGGCAGAUCUCCCUGCAGCGUAAUGGAGGCCACUCCUGCGGUGGAUCCAUCUACUCCGCCAGGGUGAUCGUGACCGCCGCUCACUGCCUGCAGUCCGUGUCCGCCUCCUCCCUGCAGAUCCGCGCCGGAUCCAGCUACUGGAGCUCCGGUGGCGUCGUCGCCAAGGUUUCCUCUUUCAAGAACCACGAGGGUUACAACGCCAACACCAUGGUCAACGACAUUGCUGUGCUCCAUCUGAGCUCCUCCCUGAGCUUCAGCUCCACCAUCAAGUCCAUCUCCCUGGCUAGCUCCAACCCCGCCAACGGCGCUGCUGCCUCCGUCUCCGGAUGGGGUACCGAGUCCUCUGGCUCCAGCUCCAUUCCCUCCCAGCUGCGUUACGUCAACGUGAACAUCGUCAGCCAGAGCCGCUGCGCUUCUUCCUCCUAUAGCUACGGAAGCCAGAUCAAGAGCUCCAUGAUCUGCGCUUCUGCCAGCGGCAAGGACUCGUGCCAGGGUGACUCCGGUGGCCCACUGGUCUCCGGCGGAGUGCUCGUCGGUGUUGUCUCCUGGGGAUACGGAUGUGCUGCCAGUAACUACCCCGGUGUCUAUGCCAGCGUGGCUGAUCUCCGCGGAUGGGUGAUCAGCAAUGCCUAAGCAUUUUGCGAAAUAAAUCAUAUAUGAACAGUU